CGAAGACCGUUGAACAAGACUUUUGACUGAUCGGGAUCGGGGUUGUUUGUUGUUUGUGAGCAAGUGACAUGUCAAAAAGGUGAGAAGCAGCUACGCGUCGAUACCUAUAUAGUAGACAUACUCACCGGUGACAGGAGAGGAAACUGAGAAGCUGUAGUAAAGGUAGGUAGGUAUAAUUAUGACACUGCCUGAAUACAGAUUGUUCUGUGUAAGACAACAUUGCAGCGAGGAAGGCGCACCCGUUCAACCACCGACUCAACCAUUGGAAGGCAUCACCCACACACCCACACCUUUUUGACCUGUCACCCCUCCACUAUUUCUUUUUUAGAAACACCACUGGGCUUCUCACUCGCUUUCGACAUCCUAUUCCCCAGCCUGCGUGCGAUGCAAUUUAAAAUACAUUAAAUACCACACCUGGGAGAUGCACAUGUGGCUUCGGGAUACCAGCUUACGACCUCCUUACGACGACCUCCAUCAAGAUCAGAUUCUGCUGCUGCCUCUCUGCCAGCUCGAGGACAGCAGGUGGCUUGGAAGCAGUGACUUUCCCCCAUUCGACCAUCUGGCUGGAUAUUGCAGCAGUAGGUGGUGGUCGAGUUCCACCGCACGGAGAUCGAGAUAGCGCGGACGAGCUCGUCUGCCGCCCUCCCUGUCACGACACAUAUGCACGAUACAGCAAGGACUAAGGAGCUGGCCUCCGAGCAUCACUGAGAGGUUGCUGAGCUGUUGCCAAUCCGGCCCACCUGCUCCAAUCAUAGCCAGCCUCCUGUCGGCCAUGCGGUUCUAGCCACGGCUCGCAUUUGAAAUGGCAUGACCGCUCCUCUCCCAUAACUUAUCGCCAUGGCCUUUGCGCCCAAGCCGGGUGCCAGGCACCAAGUUCCCUUUCGGGAAUGUCGUCAAGCGGCGCCGUUUUCCCACCUCCGCAUUUUGCUGCUACUGCUAUGGCGGCUUUCCGGAUGGUCCCUGUGCUGCACUACAACCAGAUCGGGCCAUGCGGCAUGGCCGGGGUUACCCAGUCGUCUGCUCCUAGACUCGAGUGCACCUCCUGACAAGAAGAGAGAGGCCAUCACGAAGAAAUUAUAUCACUGAUCAUGGUCGCCGAACCACCUACCGGAUGGCGGACGAGAAGAAACCCAAGACCCGUAACCUGCAUCUCGCCGCCACACACAAGUCCCCGAAGUGACACCUCCUUUCUGAUAUACCAUCUUGCUGUCGAGUCCUUCGCCGACUAUAUGCCUCGUCCGCUGAUCACUUCUUGUGCGUCCUUCCUGCCCGAGCAGCAGCAGCCAGCCAGAGACACUGCAAUGCAGGCGGUUGCAAAAGAUUCGACGUGCCUCGGUCCACUGCGGGCCCAGGCACUUUGCUCUCCCGCUGCCCAUUGUUGCCCAUCACUCAUCCUCUGCUCAGGACCUCGCGGCCGUCGCGGUCGUGAUCAAAUGACAAAGCGAUGCGAUAUCCACAGCAAGCGUCCGAGGCGGUUUCUUUAUGUUGCUGCUGAUUUCGUUUAAAAUCCUCUGCCAAUUGUGAGGUGUCAAAGGGCGUCCACAACGGUGGCCAAGAGGUAUAAAAGGCCUGAUAUUGCAUCUGUCGUCCCUCUUUUCGGCGGACGGGCAGCGCGCGAGAAUGCAAGCAAGGAGCAGCAGCAGCAACACCCAGCACUGGAGGGGAACUGGGGAGGAGGGGAUGGAGGGGGUGGGCAGGACAGGGCAGGGGUGUGUAAUUGUGUUUUCCAUCUCGAGCCGAGCUGACUGGGGUCCACCGGGGGGCGCUCUGGUUCGCCCUCUCCACCCCGGUCGAGAGCAAUCUCGUGAACCGAGUUUUUUACCCCCCUCCUCGACAAGAGACCAUUCCCUUCUGAAGAAGCAGUAGCAGAAAGGCCCUUCGCCGGCGCGUUUAUUACCCAACGGUCUUCUAGAAAAUUGCGGGUCGCUAGCUGUUCGCCCAGAGUCCUCGGAGGAUUCCUGGCCUAAUCAGAUCCCCCUGUUCGCUCGGCCGACAAGGUCGACAACCGGGGGCCCUCUCCUACCCUGGCCUUGGAUUGGACGGAGGAGGGGCCGAGGGGGUGCUUGCCGUCUUGUCCGCUCCUCCAUCCCCUCUGAUCGUUUGGCUUGGCCAGAUGUGCCCCCCCGUGUAUCCAUUCAGACCCCAUGCGCCAUCCGUCCAAACACCCACCCACAAGUUCUGUGCCCGCGGGUCAUCCCCCGAAAGAGAUAGCCCACAGUUAUUCCGAGAAAAACGUUGUGCGUCAAUGGGUGGUAGGGGGCUGUUGAUAUGUGUAUUUCUCUUCCCGCUCGGCAGACAGGUGGUGCAGGACAAGGGGGGGGGGCAUAUCAAGUAAGUACCUAAGCAGAAUGAUGCACCUCAAGGUCCUCAUACCUCUCUGAUCACUCACUUGCCCUCCUCCUCCUACCGGCCCCGUACCUCCACCCCUCCUUCAAACCUAAGUGGGGACCGCUGGUGGACACAGCAAAGACCGCGUGAAGUUGCUUGUGCGGACCUGUUGACGGCCCCCUGUUUGGGCAGGUGGGCAAGAUUAAGGGAAUCGGAUGUAUGCUCUGUUUUCUCUGCUAUUUCAUCGCAUGUAUAGCAAGCUACACCUCAAGCAGCUAGAAGGCAUAUCAGAGGCUUCAAGGAGGGCGUGGUAAAAUAGCAAAGCCUGUCCUUGAGCUUCUGGGACGGUAUCUUGCCCCAUCUCGACUAGCAGGGGAAUUCGGGCUUGCCUGCCAGAUCGCCCCGUUCCUCACCCUCCUUCCCUGUAUGGUUGGAGCACCUUUUCGCGCGACGGGCCCUGCAAGCGUUGUUAAACAGUUCUCCCUACCAUCCCAUCCUUGAAGGCGCCAGGGUAUGCUUGGCCUCGCCUCUGUCCCUUGUCGCCCCCGGGGCAUUGCCGAAGCCUCUUGUUCUCAUAAAACGGUUCCCCUCCACCUCCUGGCCGUAUUGGCUCGUACAUACAUAUACAUACACGCUGCCCUGCAACCUUGCUGUGGGCUGUCAUCCCAUCCUUUACCACCACUUUGUUGUUGAUCAUCCACCGACAUCCCCAUCGGCAUCAUUGCAAGAAGGACCUGUGAAGCGGGACUUGACUCUACGAGGCAGGUGUUGUUCUUCUCUUUGUCUGUUUGGUAAUCUGGGUGGGGGCUGCUGCGGAGAACUCUGGGCUGCAUCUAGGGGAACAGGCAGAUUCCCAUGUCAGCCACGGCGACAUACACGAUGGCAGAGCUGAGGGCUGAGACUCAACACGGUAGCCUCUGGUCCAACUAUGGAAAUCCCGUUCAGAUGACGGGCAGAUUCAAUCCUCAAGAUCCAUCCGUACCGCCACCAGCACCAUCGCAUCUUGUGCGUCCUAGAAGUCGCCAGCACACCAUGGACUACCCGCAAUAUCACCACCCCCGGCCCGGCCAGGAAGAGGGCGACGGAUACGACCGGUACCCGCACCCAUCUCUGAUGAACAUCCCCAGCAUCAACAGCCUCAAAAGGCCAUACUCCCAGGUUGACCAGGCGCCCUAUACCGAGAUGGUCCAGGACCUGCGGGAGGACUACAAGCCCUCCAACCACGACCAGAAACUUUUGUCGUUCAAGAAAGUGGGGGACAAGCACACCAUCGUCGACGCGAAGGGACGGAUGCACGAAAUGGAGAUUGACGCCCAGCUCCACGGCAUGUUCUUCCUGUCCGAAUUUCCCUCGGCUGCGGGUGACGGCAACGUGUUGAACGCCGAGUUGACGUGCUAUCGGCGCAACUUGUUCCAGAUCAGCGGCAGCCUUUGCUUCCCACAGGUCCCAUUAUCGGUGCUUUUGGAGUCUGGCGAGACCAGCCAGAUCAAGAAUAUGGAAGUCAGCAUUUCCGCCAUCGAGUCUGUCGAUGGACACCCAGUCCGGUUGAUCGUGAUCCCAUGGAAGACACCGCCACCAAACUCGCCUGAGGUAAACCAGGCCCCAGACCAGGAGCCGCCCAAUCUUCCCUUGAUUCCAUGGGCGGAGGACGAGGAUGACACAAGUGGCGAACACUACGCUAUCUACCCGAUCGGAUGGCGCCGUCUCCAGUUCAGAAUAGCCACGGCGAACAACGGCCGACGGAAGGAGCUGCAACAGCAUUUCGUGUUGCACCUCAAGCUUCACGGAACUUUGGCAAACGGGCAAAAGCUCGUCCUCUCCGAGCUGACAACGGCACCCAUUGUGGUGAGAGGCAGAAGUCCGCGCAACUUCCAGGCCAGAAAGGAGAUUCCUUUGUUGGGAUCUAGUGCCGGCUCGCGGGGCCAGACUCUUGUUGAGACUGGCCAGGGAAUCGUCGCCCAGGCGGUUGUUCUCAACAAGCCGCCACACGAUGCCAGACCUCGCAUCUCGAGCUUGGACGGACACGUUCCCAGGGGAGCCUUUACCUUUACUGCUCCGAAGCAAAUGCCGCAGAGCCCGAUGCAGAUGCGGUCAAACUCUUAUCCCACCACAUGGAAUCCUUCGAGCCAGGUGUCGAUGCCACACAACCCAGGUUCAGCGACAUACCCUACCGCGACAAUGCCAUCCGAGCCCUACCCGAAGCUGCCGCUUUCUGGCGCGCCUAGCUACACAGCUGAGCCUCAGGAGAUACCCAUCCAGCAGACAUCGAUGCCAUCCGUUCAGCUCUCCCUUGUCUCGCAAGAUCAACAGCCACCACCGAUCCGAACUCAGUUCGCUACCUACGUGCAAGCAACCUCCGCGCCACCACAUUUGUCCCUGUCGACGACCGCCGAUAACUCGCUCAACGUGCCCCGAUAUGUCGACAGCAACCCCCGGCCAUCAAAGUCGCCGCGUCAUGCGAGCCACCAGUCGGUAACCUCUUCCAUUUCAAACGAUACAGCCCCAGGAGAGUACCGUUACGGCCCCCCUCAAUCAGCCUACGCGGCGAACGACAUGAGCCCACAGUCACAGCACCCAUCAAGUGCUCAGGGUGGACCUUCUCAAUACGGAGCGCCAUCGCAAGAGAACAACACUUCAGCGCCUUCGUCGGCCACAGCUCCCAACGCACCGCCGCCCAGAGACUAUUUCCCCUCUUCGCAGAGCUGGACCACCACGGCGGGCGAACCUUCAGCAUCAAGCGUCUCAUACAACAAUGGUAGUUCCGACAGGCCCUACGCGUUCCCGAGCGUGAAGCCCGAGUCGCAUCAGCACGGCCACCAGCAACAGCAACACCCUCACCCCCCUCCACCCCCAGGCUCUCAUUCUUCCGGGGCCCCCGGAGGCGUUUACGGCGGGGUUGGACAUUAUGCCUGGAAUGCCACUUGAAGAUAACUACGGUUCAAGGAACCAUAAUUAACUAUCGACGGGGCUCGAGGCGCUAGACAUGUACAUUAGACGCCACACCACACCUACGCUCCUUUCACUACCCACUUCGAGUCACUCAGGACGUAUCCAAUCACCAUUUCAGGAAAAUCUCUUGAUUGAGGAGGACAGAGCACAUGGGAACAACAGCAUCCGCGAAAAAUGAGAUCUCAACAACUCACCCGGACUGGAUCGUGAUACCUUUGCAAUUAUUCACGAAUAAUGCUGUCAGGCUCAUCAAAAAGGGGAAGGGGGGAGCAUUUCGUAUUUUUGGCAAUGGUUUGGGGUUCUGGUUUGGCAAAAUUUGGUUCGCAUUUCACAAACAACACCGGCCUUUGGUGGGUGGGGGGUGUAUUGUUAUUUAUUUUGCUGUUUUCUUUCUGGCUUUGCUUUGCUCUUUUCUUGACCGGAUAUCCCCUCUGUUGUUCUUGUUGUUUUGUUUUGGACUUGGUUUGCAAUCGCACACAUCAUUUUUUUGGACCGCAUUUUACCCUCUCAUAUAUUUUGUCAUUGUGUUUUUUUUUAUGUUAGGAUCGAUACCACACCCCUUUUUUUUUAACUUCUAUCAUCAUUUUGCUAUAUUAUCUAUCUUUUACUACACAACCCCUCUAUUUCGUUCGUUGCGAAGGCGGAUGUUUCGAACGAGGACCAAUCACCACUACAUAUCAGACGCACAAAUGUCUAUCUCGUUAUUCUGGUCCGCUGUUCUGUCCGCCCUCCUCACGGUUUAUUAUCUAUACGCUUCCCAAAAGAAGGGCGAUGACAGUUGGGAGGUGGAAAGGGGGAAAGCACUCUCAGCUUCCGAGGAAGCUGUCGGGCUUGCUCAAAACUCACUUGUACAUAAACAUAUAUAUAUGGAUCAGGCAAGUCCGAGAAGAAAACACGUACUACUCGAGGGCGACAACAACAAGCCGGCCGCCGCGUGCGCGAAUUCGCAGAGAAAUAUAUUACCAAAAUUUUGGAUCAAUUGUUUUGUUUAUUAUGGGGAGGUGCUUGAUGUUGUUGCAUGAAUGAGCGACUUUGAAACAGGAAAUACUCCGUACUGGAGCCGCAUAGUUGCCCAAUUAAGACCAAACAUUGGGAAACAUUGGGAGACAAAAAAUAGCAACACGGC